AGCUGUUUGGCUGCUUUGGAAUUAACACCCCACAAUAGUACCUGCUUAACUUGGCCCAAAUUGAGAGAGUUGGCCAAAAAAGCUUUGGCUCGGUGGUUGGGCUUGUUGUGUUCGUGUUAACGUUAACGCGGUGUGCUUGGUGAAUCAGUCGAACGGGCAACGAAGUUGCAUACGCAACAAUAUUCUUGGUCAGCGGGUCGCGGCUGUUGCGUGGAUUUUGUGUUUUUUGUGCGUAGCCAAAGCAGCGCUUGUGUUUUUGUUUAUACUGAGCAUCACAUACAUACAUACACGACAAAUACAACUAUCCAUAUCUCAAAAUUAAAAAAUAUACGCGCUUAGGCGAGCUUCAGUAAAUUAUCAGUGACGUCAUUACUUUAACAUUAGAACACAGCUCGCGCGCUAAAAAAUUUUAUGACAAUGAGAUGCCAAGGUGCGUUUAGACAAUUGCUGCGACACUGCCAAUCUGCAACUUUGACGAGCGGCAAUAACUAUUUAAGCCGAAGACAUACCUGCUGGACCAACAACUACUCCAACAAUGUAGUGAGCCUAGCCACUGGCAGGAGCUAUUCCAAGUUUAACACACACUUAAACAAUGAGCGCGCCAUGGAGUUACUUUGCAAUCUGGACGACGAGGAGCGCAAGGUGCUGCGUGAAGCCUUGAGUAAAAUGAACGCCGAUAAGGAGAAGAAACAAUACGAAAGUGAGAAUUAUUUUUGAAAUAUGCAUUUACUUAAAUUUAAAUGAACAAUUGAUAGUUUAGUAAUAUACAGAGCAAAGUAAAGCAUAGAGAGACGCUCCUGCUCUCUAUUUCUGUCGCU